AUGAGUAUACAUCCGCCAUUUCAGAUGGGUUCCACUGAUUUUGACAAAGUGCUGGAGUCGUUUGAUCUGGCCAAAAGAGGUAUUCGUCGGCAAUCUGCAUGGGAGCGGACGUUGUCGUUUAUCGACAACAUCAAUAAGAAGCCUCCGCCUACACAAAUGGCAGUUGGAGGUGCAGCUGGACUGUGCGUCGGAUACAUUUUCACCCGUACUAGCAAGGCUGCCGCAACGGCUUUGGGAAUAUCGCUCAUCGCGUUUCAGCAUGACUUUUUUCUCGUGAUAAUGGAGAGUGAAGUUGAACAAAAAAUUUUGUGA